AUGUAUUUAACUUUCAUUAAAGAGCAUUUUACACCUAGUUAAGAAGAACUUGACAUUUUAGAAGCUAAAGAAACAUAAGAUUUAUAUUAAGAUAUAUAAAUAUAAGGAGGAUUCAUUUAAGUAAAUCCAUUUCAAAUAUAUAGGUUUAUUCUAAAUAAUGCAGUAUAUUUGAUUCUGAUGUAUAUAAAAGUAAACUUAAAGUAUUUUAGAAAUAUUUAUUGAAUUAUGAAAAAUAAAAUACAAAGCUAAAUGGAUAAUGUCUUGAAAAAGCAUUCUAUAUAGAUUAAAGUUAUUCACUAGAUUAUUAAGUUGAGUCACCAGAAAAUUGGUUAAAAGAACAAGUAACUAUUUGGUAAUUACCAACUGAUAUAGUGAAUAAAAUGAAUUCAAAAUAUUUUACUUUUGAAGACAUAGCUAAAAGACAUGGAACUUAAAUGGUAGACAUUAGAAUAUAGGAUCCAAAUACAGAUACCUUUAAUCCAACAAUUGAAUAAAAUUGUAUAUCUAAUUAAUUAAGAAUUGAUGAAUAUUGUAAAUAUUUGAAAAACAAAACUGAUUUUUUUUAGAAACAUACUUAAUAUUCACCUGAUAAAGUUUUAUUUGCUGUAAAUAUAGAUAUGGAUAAUUGGGAUGAAGAGACUGGUUAAUUAUAUGAGUAUAUGCCUCAAUCAUUAUUAAAAUAUGAUAGAUUAGUAUAUAUGAGACAAUUCUGUUUGGGAGUCAAUAUUCCAUAGAUUUAUAUAAAAACCAAAGGAGUUUGGACAGGGGGACAUUAAGAAAAUUCAUCAGUAAAUUCAUUAAAUUUUAAUCAUGGUCCUGAGGAUUGUCUUUGGUUAACUGUAGAUGCUCAACAUGUUCAUAAAUUACAUUAAUUGAUACCAAAUCUCUAUUAAAUUGAAGGCAAAUGGUUUAAGGAGAUUGACUUUUUUUUGGAAAAUAAUAUUCCCAUAAAGUAUACAUUAUAAAAAAAAGGAGAUCUUGUGAUUUUGGGAGCUGGAUGUCUACAUUGGGUAAAAAGUUUAGGAAAUACUAUAAAUACAUCUUGGAAUUUAUUAGUUUAUUAAGAUCAUACCUUUUAAUAAAUAUAUGAUAGAUAACUUAUUAAUGACCAAUACAAAAUAUAAAGUGUGAUUCCAAUUAAGAAUUUAUUUUUGGAUAUCUUUAUUCAUCAUAAAUCUUUUUAAUUAAAAGAUUUUUUGUAAAAGUUUAUUGAAGAAGAUAUAGAAAAUUAUAAAAGAUAAUAUACAAAAAUAAAAAGCACCAAAAAGAGAUUCAAUUCUAGGGAAGUUUUGAUAUGUAAUAAUUGUCAAAUGGAAAUUUUCAUUUUCUAUUAAAUAAUAAAUGAUACUACAUUUAAAUGUAUUAAAUGUCUAGAAGGUGAAGGAAUUGAGAUAUUUAUGAAAUAUAAACCUACUGAACUUAUUUUAGUUUUGAAUGCAGAAAAGUUUUCUUGUAGUCCUACAUUAUGUACAAGAUAUAUAGGAAAUACAGAUUGUCAACUUGAUAAAUAAAUAGAAGAUUGUGUUAGUGAAAGUUAUGAAUCUAUAGUAGAGUUAAAUAAAAAUGAAGAAGAAUAUUCUAAAAUUAAAUAUGCUAGAAGAAAGUAUAAAAGUAAGGCUUCAAAGAAAUCCUGUUUAAUAUAAUCAUUUGUUAGGUACAAAUUUAUUAUUUAUAUUAAAAGAAAUCCUAGUGAAUAGACUAAAUAAUAAAAGAAGAAAAAAAGAAAAUAUAAAAAAACUAAAGGUUAAGAUGAUUUAAUUUCUGAAAUUUGUACAUCUUAAAAGUCUCAUAAUAAAAACUAUAAUACAAAAUCUAAGUAUACUAAGAAAACUUAAAAGAUAUCAAAACUUGAAAAUAGUGUAAAAAGUGUAACCAGUUCCGAUAUUGAUAGUUUUUCUUAAAUUCCAAUCAUAAAAAAAGGAAAAAAAUAAUAUGAAUUAUUAUGA